AUGGCCGCUGAUGGGGACCUCAAGGAGCAUGCGCUUAACAGUUCGCACGACUUCUACGAUCUACUGGGCGUGCCAUCAACCGCGAACGACUCCGAGAUCCGCCGUGCAUACCGCAAGACAGCCUUAAAGUACCAUCCUGAUAAGGUUGGCGCAAGCGAUUCGGCGGCUCUUGAAAAGUUCCAUCUGCUGCAAAUCGCAUACGAUGUUCUACUUGAAUCCGAUGUACGGCAAUUGUAUGACAAUGCACGCCGUGCGAGGGAAGAGAAGAAGGAGCGAGAGCAGGCAUAUGAAGGCCGAAGGCGGCAGAUGAAAGAUGACCUUGAGCGAAGGGAGAAUGCUGGAGUCGCCGGACUGAAGCGGAAGAGGGAGGAGGCGAAUGAAGAGGAGGCAUUCCAAAGGGAGCUGAAGAGGUUGGCUGCGGACGGUGCGAGGCGAAGGAGGGAACGAGAAGAACAGCUAAGGAAAGAGGCGCUGGAGGAAUUCGAGCGAGAGAAUUCAGAGCUCAACGGAGUCGGCCCGGAUGCAGAUCAACAGUCGACACCUGCAAAGGCGAGACAGACUGGAACCGAGGAUAUCGACCGGACCGUUACUUUGAGGUACCCAGCAGAUACGAAGGGUGCCUCAAGUGAGCAACUGAGCAAAGAGGAGCUCAUCUCACGGUUCAGCCGGUUUGGCAAAAUUGAAGACGCAGUCUUGCGAGAUAAGAAGCUCAAAGGCGAAGGCGAGAAGCAUCGAAGAGAAUACACCACUGCGAUCAUCGUGUUCAAAAGUAUAGUCGGAGCUCAUGCUGCCGUGACAGACGUGCCCAUAUUAGCGAGCAGCGCAGAAGGCGCGAACUGGAGGGUGUUCGAAAAUGUCACAUGGGCAAGUGGACGAGAGCCCGAUUGCAUACCGAAGAUCAAGAGUGCAGGCACACCAAAGACCAACGGCAGCGCUCCACGAGAGGUAUUCACCGGCGCAGCACCUACAACGCCGAUACUGAACAAGAUCAAGGAUGCUGAUGUUGGAGGAGGUGGUCUGAGGAAAGUGCCAUCGUUCGGCAGUUUCAAAGGAACGCCAAAGGCAUCAGCCCAGACCUCAACGCCUUGUGGGGUGGGUAGCCCCAGUAUGGAAGAGCUGACGAUGAUUCGCUUGAAGAACGCGGAGAGGAGAAGGCUCGCGGAGAAGCUGAGAAAGGAAGAAGCUGAAGCUGAAGCCGCGGAAGCAGAAGAGAAGACCGCGUAA